AUGCGUUUCCAGCCUUCCCCGAUCGCAUCUGUUGCUUUCGCACUCGCAGCACUCGCCAGUGCCAUCAACGCCCUUCCUCUCGGCGAUGACGCAGCAGACCUUGGCCCGUCCGAUCACAACAGCACGGCCGUCGAGAAACGCGCCAAUGUUCUGCCCGAAGACUGUCAAUUGGCGCAAUACUUCACCGGCAACGUCGACUGCUACUUCAAGCACAACGACGGCGCCGACUGGCUCAACUACAUUGUCCAAAUCACCCCUACCGGCCAGGACUCUGAUGGUUGGUGCAAGGGUAUUACCGACAACAUUAAGGGAACUUGCGGGAAGGAGGUGGCCCUCAAGGGCUGCAAUAAGAAGUGGGAGUGGAAGCAGAUUCAAAACCCGUCAACGAACGAGGCAUCCAUUGCCUACGGCAUCGACCUGAACUUCCAUUACAAGUGGCCGUGGAACGAGGAGACCCGCGACACUACUUGUGUUAAGGAGGCUAUUGAAAAGGCCACCUGCGGUGCUACUACCACUUGGACUCACGGCGGGUGCUACAGAUGGGCCGACUACCACUAG